ACGGGCGCGCUUCUAUUGUUUCAGGAUUUCACCAUGGUUUUGUCGGUGGACGAGUACCUCGAGUAUGUCGGUGUCAUGGGUCGGUUCCAAUGGUUAAUUGUUGUACUGGUUGGGCUGAUGAUGAUACCAGUUACAUUCCAGACACUUAUCAUGACCUUCCUGGGCUUGGAACCUGAAUGGAAAUGUGUGAACAGCAGUAUAAUUUGCAACUUUACACAAACGUUUUCCAUGAGUGGAUCCGAUCCCAACCGAAAUUUUCGAUGCAAAAUUCCACGAAGCGAGUGGGAAUUUACCAAGGAAUACAAUUCUAUAGUGACUGAGUGGGAUUUAGUAUGCGACAAGUCAUCGCUUUCGUGGGCGACCACGUCGAUCAUGUUUACUGGGUGGCUGUUUGGUAAUGUGUUGUUUGGUAUCAUGUCGGACAAGUAUGGUCGCAAGAAGAUCUUGUUCAUCUCGUCGUGUAUGGUGUGUUGGUUGGCUUUCAUCAGCUCAUUCAUCCCAUAUUUUUGGCUGUAUGUCAUUUUUAGGUUUUUUAUUGGAUUUGGCUUAGGUGGUUCCAUUGUAUGUUUAUUCAUAAUGGCUACUGAAUUCGUUGGUCCCCAAAAGAGGGCCAUGGCAGGCACAUUUUCUUGGUACUUUUGGACCGGGGCACUCAUGCUGAUUGCCCUACUAGCCUACCUUAUAAGGGACUGGAGAAAACUUUCUAUAACUACCUCGUCACCUGGAAUCCUGCUCUUUCUUUUCUGGUUUUGCAUUCCAGAAUCUGUACGGUGGAUGAUGACACACGAAAAAGAGAAAGAAGCACAAGAAAUUCUUAACAAAAUUGGAAAAUUUAACAAAAGGACAAUUCCCGAAGGAGAAGAACUCGGACUYCCUCACGGACAAAAGUUAGCUGGUCAGAAUGCAAACUUUUUUGAYCUGUUUGGUACACGAUCCAUGACAAAAAAGACCAUAAUCUCUUGGAUAUCAUGGUUUGUCAAUGGUCAGGUGUAUUUUGGCGUCUCKCUAGGCUCAGUCCUUCUCGGUGGUAAUAUGUAUCUAAAUUUUUUCUUGACGUCACUUAUUGAGUUACCUGGCAACGCGUUCGCUAUUUGGGCAAUGGACAAAUUUGGUCGCAAGAUAAUAGUAGUUGUUGGGCUUAUAGUAGGAGCCAUUGGUAACAUGUUAGUAACGGUAUUCCCUGAUGAACCAGAAAAUCAAGGUUACGCAAUUGGACGUAUCGUCUUCGCUCUUGUAGGAAAGUUCGCUAUCAUGUGUUCCUUUGACGCCAUAUUUGUUUUUUCGGCCGAGCUUUUUCCAACAGUCAUCAGAAAUAUUGGAAUGGGAAGCUCAUCAGCCGCUGGAAGACUUGGAGCUAUCACUGCUCCAUUUGUAAUUUGGCUGUCCCGAUUCUUUGCUCCGCUACCUUACAUUAUAAUGGCUGUCGAUGCUUUUAUCGCGGGAUUCCUGUGUUUGCUUCUUCCCGAAACCAAUAAGGAACCGACUGCGGAAACUUUGCAACGUGAAGAUUCUGAGGAGGGACUUGUUGCUGAUUUACGACCUGACGGUGAAGAGCCUUUAGAGGAGUUAAAAAAAGAGAAGGAGGAAGACCAACUUCUUGACAAGAAAAACACAGUAGUUUAAUUUUUAAACUUUAUGUAAUUAUACGAAGCUAUGAGCUACAAUCGUCUAAUAGUGAAAACAUAGUAGUGAAGAGGGGAUCGCCUGAAUAUAUCUUCAUUAUACAAAG